AAGGCUUCGGAAUCACGUAUCAAACCGGAUGUGAGUCCACCAGAAUUUUGUGUGAAACAAGAUUACCUUAUUUAUUCCACAUCCUCGUUUCGACAUGAUGAGUGCUGCAUAUUUAAUGAGGCUAGAUUUCGGUCUUAGAGACCUUUCAUACUUGAAAUUAGAAAUAAGUGACUCAGCUGAAGGUAGUCCAGAGCAAUGGGAGAUGAUGCGGAAAAAUAAAACCAGCGUUGAGUGCUACCUAGAUAAACUAGAAGAUCGUGCUCACGAUGUCGACCGGAUCCCUUUCCAUUUCCACAGAUCUGUAGAUGGAAUUAAAAUUGGAUCUCCUUGUGGAAGGAGCUCUUGGUUGAAGAAGGUAUUCACCAUUCGAGACGAUGCGAAUGGAGCUUUCGUGUUGACCACGGAGGAAAAGCCGUUUCCGCGCCUGUUCUCGAAUGUUGUGGUAUUCAUCAACCAGAAACGACUUUGUUUCGAUCGGAAAACCGAUUUCACUCUGAAACACGGCGACGUCAUUGAAAGCUUCAAUGUAAUGCGUAGACUUGUUCCGGUAUGUCGGGAAUUUUUUGAAUUACUGAGGGCCGGAGGUAUUAUUUGGACUCAUCUCGAUUUCCGUCUUGUUCUUGGCAUCUUGAAUGUGCCAUUCGGGCACCUGGAUGACUUCUGCAAAGUUGUUGCUGGACGCGUUCAAAAACUCACAAUGGACUUCAGUAUUCCAGAUGGAAUGAAGGCAUUUGUGCCGCGGGAUAGUUCGAGAUCCUUCUUCAAAUAUUUUCAUUGGGAGAAUUUGAAGAUGUUGGAGAUACUUGCCUUGGAGGACAGUGAUGAUUCAUUCAGAAAAUUACUUGUAGAAAAUGGGAAAGUGUUCUCUCAUUUGGAAAAGCUGUUGAUUCAUGAUCAUAAGGAAGGGAAUUCGUUCCUGCGUCAGGCAUCAACUGGAAAAUUGGUGCUUCCUGCUUGUGAACAAGUUACCUUAAAAUGUGCGUUGAAGACACUGCGUAAUGUGGAUAUGAGGCUUGUUUUUCCAAGAUUGAAGGAACUCCAUCUGAUGAACAUUGCAUAUGUUUCAAACGCAUAUGCUGGACAGAUUCUACACCAGCAUGUUCAGUCUCCCACAAUCCAGGAGUUUAUUGCAACUCUUGGCUCUCAAGUGCUCUCAAGUUUGCAUGACUAUCAUUUACCAGCAAAAAUGGAUAAGAAUAGUUGGACCCUGGCUCAGAUAAAGGGUACUUUUAUGAACCUUGAGUCUCUGGGCUUGCAUGGGGAGUUUUUUGACCAUGUGCCUAUAGCUGACAAAAAUCGCCCAAUUAUGCUGAACUUGAAAUCGCUGUGGCUGAAAGACGUAUUUUUAACAAAAGUAUUCCAACAUUUACGGAUGCAAACGUCGCUUGAAAAGCUGUGGAUCAGAAAUUAUCGUUCUCAGGCAACUGAAUCCAGUCGGCGAAUUUGCCAGGACUUCCUUGACAGCCCCAAACAAUGGGUGAAGAAUUUGAAAUACGUUUCAGCUGAUCUCUGGGAGACGUACAUUCCCUACGAAAACCUCCACCAAUUGGAAUGCGUCGCUUUCUUUUUUCGAUGCAAAGCCGCAGUGAAAUUUGCGAAGAGAGUCUUUGAAAAGCUUCGCAGCUGUUCGAAGCUGCAAGGAUUGAUUCUUCGUGUACGGGAUGAUCUUGAGCUGCGAACACUUGACCCAUUGCCGCAAAAUUUGGAGUUUGCUGCAUUUACGGGUACCAAUCGUUGCAGUGCAAUGGCUGCGCUAGAUUUCAUCCGACGGAGUCGAGAUUCAUUGCAGGAUCUUUGGAUCCAAACGGAUCACGUAAAGGAUCUGGAAGAACUAAUUCCAGCCUUGAAGCAUUUCAGUCGACUCAAGAAUGUCGUGUUUGUGGACUCAUAUGACGAAGACGGGAAUGCAAUAAAUUGGUUCGAGACCACAUUGAAAGAACGGGUUGAUCCGACGGGCGCUUUGAAGCAAGUGACGCUGUUUUCUCCGUCAGCAGUGGAUUCAGAAUUUUAUUACUCAUCUUGCACCUUCAACACUGCGAAAAUGGAAGAGGCUGAUUUUUCGUUGGAAUUCGUUACCCGAUUUUACAUCGAAUGGCUGAAGUUUAUACCAGACAAGGAAGAACUCGGUCAGCUUUCGAUACUGGAAAUUAAAAAGAGUGUUCAUGAGUUAAAUUUUCGAAAAGUGCGGAGAGAAUCAUUGGCGUGGCAUGAAUUGAAUUGUUCUGUGAAGUUCUUCGUCAGAAGCCUCGAAUCCGGUAUGCAGCUCAAAUACAACGCGGCCAUGCUCAAUGAUGUCGCUGUAGAAUUCACGGAAACACAGCAGCUGACGGUUGGUUCUCAUCGGAAAAAAGUGACAUCUACAGCACCUGAGGAUAAGUUUCACGUUCAGGCAGAUGCUUCCGUUGUGGAAGCGAAACUGACUGGUGCUGGUGCCCAAGUUUGGGUAUGUUGUGGUUCUCCUCCUCCUCCUGCUGCUGCUGUUGGGUCAUCCAAGGCAAUUCCGCCAUUUUCAUCAACAGCCGCCACUUUGGCGGCUGUUGAUGAAAAUGGUGGAAUUACCUUAGAUGACCUGGAGGCAACCCUACGCAUGAAUGCCACUCAACCCCAACAGGACAGAAAUCCCGCAAUCUACAAGGACGCAACCCUAACGCCAACUGGGAAAAACAUCCGCCGGAAAGGGCAAUGGCACCUAACGGACCCCGCUGCCAAAAAAGACAACAAAACCUAA